CGUCCUCCCACUCCCCCACCCGAAAGCUUCACCCGGACGCUUGCCCCUCCGUCAUUAACCAUCCCAACCUCCGAGACCGGGACCUCCCCUUUCCGUCCUCCCGCCGCUCCAUUUUUACGGAAACGCCCCCCACCCACCGGCGCCGGCGAUGCCCCGGCCGUCGCCGCCGCCGUAUUCGCGGCGCCUCCUCCAGGGCGGCAGCGACAGCGGCGGCGCCAACCCCAACCGCAUCCCGGGCAUCCCGCCCGCCGACCCGCCCGCGGGCGUCAACUCCGAUGUCGUCGUCAUCCUCGCCGCCCUGCUCUGCGCGCUCAUCUGCGUCGUCGGCCUCGCCGCCGUCGCCCGCUGCGCCCGCUCCCGCCGCAACAGGGGCGCCGGGGCCGGCGGCGGCGGCCCGUCGUCCCCCUCGAGCAACCCGGGCGACGCCCCGGGGCACUUUGGCGGCGGGCAACACAGCGGCGGCGCGAGCGCGACCACGACCACCACGACCACCACCAAGGGGCUGAAGAAGAAGGCGCUCAAGGCGCUGCCGAAGCUGGCGUACGCGGACGCGGUGGCGGCGGCCGCGGCGGCGCGGGGCGCGGCGCCGGCGGCGGAGGGCGAGGAGGAGGCGAAGGCGGAGGAGCUGCUGGCGGAGUGCGCCAUCUGCCUGGCGGAGUUCGGCGAGCGGGAGGAGGUGCGCGUGAUGCCGCAGUGCGGGCACGGGUUCCACGUCGCGUGCGUCGACACCUGGCUGCGCUCCAACUCCUCCUGCCCGUCCUGCCGCCGCCCCAUCGUGCUCGACGACCCGGCCCCGCCCAAGCGGUGCCGCAAGUGCGAGGCCGUCGUCCUGGAGGCCGUCCUCGCCUCCUCCUCCUCCUCCGCCGCCGCCACCGGCGGCCGGGGCCGCGGCGGCGGCGGGGGGGACGGGGGAUUCUUGCCGUAGCAUCAGCAUUCAGCAGUAGUUGGCCGGCUGAUUGCCUGACGGGCGGGCCCAGGGUCGGUCCCGGUAGUUGAGCUGCCCCCAUCUGCCCGCAGCCCACAUGUCAGUAGCGCAGCGAAGAUCCCCCUCUAAAGCAAUGCAAAAAAAGAAGAAUAACUAGAAAUGUGAUUCUUUUUGUACGACCUUUUGGAUUUAGAGUUUCUCCAACUGAAAUCUGUGGGCGCCUGAAAUCUGUUGGCAACUUGCAAUUGCUUCAUCAACUGUAAAUUGUAGAAAUUUGCGAAUUGGGCUGCUAAAAAUUUGUAUC